CUGCUAUCCAUUCAUUAACUCAUUCCGCCAUACCUUGAUACGAGUUAUCGUCGGCCGCCAUCAUGUUCAGAAACAACUAUGACAACGAUUCGGUAACAUUCUCCCCGCAAGGGCGGAUAUUCCAGGUCGAGUAUGCAGCAGAGGCAGUGAAGCAGGGCUCAGUGGUGGUGGGGAUCGCAAGCAACACACAUGCCGUGCUUGUAGCAAUCAAGCGCAACGCCGAAGAACUCUCGUCCUACCAAAAGAAGCUCUUCCCCAUCGACGAGCACGUCGGCAUCGCCAUCGCGGGACUCACAUCGGACGCUCGCGUCCUCUCCAACUUCAUGAAGCAGCAGUGCCUGGGCCACCGGCUGACGUACGGGCGCAGCAUGCCCGUGCGGACGCUGGUCGAGAUGAUCGGGUCCAAGGCGCAGAUCAACACGCAGCACUACGGCAAGCGGCCGUACGGCGUCGGCCUGCUGGUGGCGGGCGUCGACGAUCAAGGGCCGCACCUGUUUGAGUUCCAACCGAGCGGCAUGACCGAGGAGAUGGUGGCUUUCGCCAUCGGCGCCCGCUCGCAGAUGGCCCGGACCUACCUGGAAAAGAACCUCGACAAGUUCGCCGACUGCGGCCGCGAGGAACUCAUCCGCCACGGCCUGCGAGCCCUCAAGGAGAGCCUGGUGCAGGAUCGCGAGCUGACGGUGGAUAACACGAGUGUGGGCGUUGCGGGCUUGGUCGCGAGCGACCAGGAUGGCACUACCAAGGUCGAGCCGUUCACGGUCUAUGACCAGCAGGAGGUAUCGGCAUGGAUAGACAGCGUGGCGGACGACAAGGAGGGCGGAGCCAGUGCGGCCGAGGGUGAGGGUGGAACCAUGGAGGUCGACUCAUAGGCAGACAAUGCUUGAGGGUUGCAGGGAAACGUAACAGAAAAGAGUAAAGUCGUAGCCGGCAUGACUCAGGCAUUAGCAUCUUGCUGGACCGAGUAGAGCGAGCCCGGAAUGACAUUCGACAUGAGAAGCAUUUUCUUGUCCUCUAUCCGCAACGCCAGAGCGUCUAGUCUUGUCUAGUCUUCGUUCCACGACAGCUUGAAUACUGAGGCCGAAACCUUGUA